AUGGAUACAGCACCCAGGUUACCCGAUUCGACUGUGGCAAUGCUUGUUGAAUCAUUAACGGCAUAUUCUGUUGGAAGUACGCCCAACCGGAUUGGGACGUUGACAGUGUUUGAAAGUGGGGGCCAAUUAGUAGGAGCCAUUGAUCUUGGAGACCAGGAGAAUCCAAAAGCCGUGUUGAAGGACGAUGCUCAGAAGGUAAUGGAGGUUGCUCAUUUGUUAGUGCAAACUGCCAUUGGGUUUGACGAUGUGAUGAAAUAUGUCAAGGUUAGCUACAAGGAUCGAGAGUUGCUUGUGAUUCCUGGGGAACAGUAUAUUGUUGCAGCAGUGAUCGAUUCUACAGAAUAG